UAAUGAUUCAGUCACUGUCCACCUUUCAUAGAGAAUGGACUUCAAAGGCAAAGUCGUUGUAAUUACGGGUGCAAGCGGUGGCAUCGGAGCUUGUUGUGCUCUACAUUUCGCCAAACUAUCUGCUAAAUUGGCUUUAGUCGGUCGCAAUGAGGAAAAACUUAAAGAAAUUAUCGAUCACUGUGAAAACAUAAGUGACUACAAACCGCUAAAAAUUAUUGCAGACAUAAGCAAAGAAGAUGACAACAGCCGCAUAAUCACGGAAACAAUAAAUUUCUUCGGAAAGAUAGAUGUACUAGUUAACAACGCAGGGAUCGUGCUCAUGGCCGGAUUAAUGGACGAUAUCACGAACUACGAUCGCAUAUCGGCGACGAAUAUUCGAGGAACAUACCUUUUAACUCAGCGAGCUAUACCACAUUUGAUCGAGACUAAAGGAAACAUAGUUAUUGUAUCGAGUAUACUGUCAAGCGUUCCGAUGCCGGCCUUGAUGCCUUACUGCAUGACUAAAGCGGCACUGGAUAUGUUUACAAAAUGCGUAGCGCUGGAAAUGGCACCUAAGGGAGUGAGAGUGAAUUCUGUGAAUCCAGGACCAGUUGCUACGAAUUUAUUCGUAGCCGCCGGUGUAAGUGAUGAUCUGAACAAAAGUUUAUACGAAAAUAUGAAAGAAGCGAUGCCCUUAAGAAAGAUAGCGACGGGUGACGAUAUCGCAAACAUGGUGGUUUUCCUAGCGAGUGAUAGAGCAAGUUGUAUAACCGGUAGUUUCCAUGUCAUGGACUGUGGCCUUCACCUCGGUGAUCCUAUAAUCCGUGCAUAAAUACUUUGUUAAGCGAUUUAAAAAUUAAAUAUAUUUUUUCAGAUAUUAUUUAUAUUUGCACCUAAGCUAAACAACACGUUCGUUUUAAUAGAAGGUCAAUUAUCAACAUAUAAAUAAAACAUAUUAUGAAGUAAUCAUAGUAUUAUAAUUAAAUUAUCUUUUAUAUUGUGAUAAAAAUUAAUUAUUUGUAUAAAAAUAAUAAAAAUAACAAAUACGUUUA